AUAAUGGAAUCAGAAUUAUCGGAAGAAGUUCCCUUACGUGCACAAUUUACAGUUGAUGAUUUGGAUAUUGAAAUAUUACCUCUUAUAUAUGAAAUAAUUCGGAGUGUUGAAAAAGAUCCACAUGAUACUAGUCAGAAGGCUAAAGAAUCUCAGGAUACAAGUCAUAAAAUAUUAGAGCUACAAAAGAAAUUAGAUUCUGCAAGAGCACAGAUCAAAAGAUUACCAGGAAUAGAAUAUAGUAAGGAAGAACAAUUAAGAAAGCUCGAAACUCUUCGCAAACAACUUAGAUUGAAACGAGAGCUUUUAUUGAAAUAUCGUAAUAUGUGUACAUUUGAAGUUCCAAAAGUAUAAAUAUUUAUUUGAUUCUUGAAAAAAAGAAUUAUAUUAAUAUGGGCAUUUUGCGCAUAUUAUUGUCAUACCUAAU